AUGGAACUUCAAAUCAUUGAAAAAUGGUUUCCUAAUAGCGGUAGUCCCUCACGAGGCAAUGGUUUAACUUCGAUAGCACUUUCGACUGUGCCGUUCGGAGGCUUUCAGUCGUUGGAGGGUAUCAAGACGCCCACCACAAAUUGGAUGCAUCAUAGAACCCCCAAAACAACCAUAAAACCUGCGAUCAGCGCUCGGGCUGGUGCAUUAGAGAAUGACCACCGCAUUUCACGUACUCUGAUCUCUGUAUACGAUGCUAUUCUGGAAGAUUUGGUCUUCCCAGCGGAAAUUGUUGGGAAACGUAUUCGCGUUAAUUUGGACGGCGCCCAAUUGAUAAAAGUGCAUUUGGAUAAGAAUCAACAAACAAUCAUUGACCACAAAGUUGACACCUUCACAUCAGAGUACAAAAAACUCACCGGUCGGGAUGUAACUUUCGAAUUCCCAGACAACUUCUUGAACGAUUAAUUUUUUAGUCGAUCUAAAAAAGGGGGAAUAUUAAAUAGAUCUGGAAGCAGAUAUGCUAUU